CAGAAAACUUAACCCCUUCCUUUCGAUCGCAAAAGCUUUCAGUAUUUCGCCCGGUGAAAUUACCUCUCUCUUCUCCCAAAUCUCGGCUCUCAGAUCUGUUCGGUUUUUGCUUAGAGGUCCAUGUAUAUUUUUAAAGCAUCGAAGGAAAUCCGAUUUUGCUACUCUAAGGUCCAUUCUUAACUUGAUCUUUUAAAUAUUGGUUUAUUUGCCUCUUUGACUAGAGAGUGUAAAUUCCCCUCUGCUGGUACUAAACAAGAAUUCCAGCAAGGAAUAUGGUUUAUCACUCCAGUUUUGUUGAUGAGGAAGGAGUUAGUAAAGCUUGUGGAUGCCCUUUAUUACCUCUGAAAAGCCAUAUAAAGGGACCUGCUCCAGUUUCAGAACAAGAUACAACUGAUAUUGUCGAUGAAGCAAUCACAUUCUUCCGAGCAAAUGUCUUCUUCAAAAACUUUGAUAUUAAAAGCUCAUCUGACAAGCUACUUAUCUAUUUGACAUUGUAUAUCAACAUCGCUCUAAAGAGACUUGAAGGCUGCAGAACUUUAGCUGAAGGAACCAAGGCUAUCAUCAACCUAGGUUUGGAAACAGUUCCUGUACCUGGAGAGUCAGGUUUUCCCUUCCCGGGCUUAUUUACUGCUGCCCAAUCUAAGAAAGAAGCAGAACUAUUCAGGAAUUAUCUGAGGCAAAUAAGGGAGGAAACUAGUGGGAGAUUAUUAAGUGUUGCUUAUCGACAUAAUGGAACUCCUAACAAAUGGUGGUUAGCAUUUGCCAAGAGAAAGUUUAUGAACAUGAUUCUUCCUUGACUAAGUUUCUGCUGUUGAUCAGAGCUUCAACUUCUGCAGAGGAUGAUUUUACUGCUACGGAAUUCGUAGACUACCUAGUGAGGUUUGUUUGUGAUGAACAAUGACUGGUGAUGCACAAUGUUUUUCAGGACCAGACUUUCUAUAGGAGCAUCUAAUAUGCUUAUCCAAAGAAUUGCUUUUUGGCUCAUUUCAUGUGUUAUCAACGAAUAAUUGAACCGAGAACGCAUAAUAUUACCUACUUUGUGCACUUUGUAAAGUACUCACUCUACUUGUAAUUGCUCAAGUAGUGGGCAUUCAUACAGUCGACUCCAACUUGCUUGGGGUUGAGGCAUAUCUGUUAUUGUUGUAAUUGUAGUUGCUUAAGCUACAUAUAUUGUUAGUGUAAAUUGUGUGAAAGAAGUGUGCACACCAAAAUGACCCAAUUUGCAAGAAAGGGAUUUAGACAAAGAUAUUUGUGGGCCAACUAGAUAUGAGUCUUUCCUAUUCAAGUAAUAAAAUAUGUAUUUUGAUGAUGUUGAAUCAAAUAAAACAAUGCAAAAUA